AUGUCAACCACGACUAAAAACGGCGUCCCCGCUUCGGACCCAUCAUGGCUAUCAUCGCUCCAUCCCACCACCGCCUCCCACAUCCGUCGCCUGCUCCUCCUCCCCUCCGCCCCACCACUCGACCACGUACCCAAACGCAAACAGGCCGCCGUUGCAGCCAUACUCUACGAAUCUACCACAACCUCCUCUUCAACCCCGCAAAUACGCGUGAUCAUGUCCACACGAGCGCUCCACCUCCGCUCUCAUCCCGGACAAGCCUCCCUCCCUGGCGGCAAGGUCGACUCCACCGACUCGUCCGUCGUCACCACUGCGCUGCGAGAAUCCAUUGAAGAGAUUUCCCUUCCUCCUGACUCCGUAGUCCACCUUCACACCGGCUACCCGUAUCUCAGCAAGAUGGGUUUACUGGUGCAUCCAGUGAUCUUCUUCCUCCCAAAUGCGGCUUCAACGAUAGCGAAGCUCAGACCAAACCCCUCCGAAGUAGCCGAUAUCUGGUCUACACCGCUAUCUUCGUUCCUCUCCUCCACCGCACCACGCGAGGAGACGCUGUCGGACCCAGCGAGUGUGGAUAAGCACAGACCUCCGCAACACGCCUUCCGCACAUACACAGAUAUCCCCUGGCUCGGCGGCGAGUAUCGUCUACACCGCUUCCGCUCCAGCCGACAGCUGAUCAAGGGUCUCACGGCAGACGUGCUGAUCGGUGUGGCGCAAAAGACGUUCGGGCAGAAAGCGAGGUUCAAGGUCGAAGCGCCGGGGCAGAAGAGUUGGAAGGAGAUGGUAGAGUUGGUCGUGGAGAGGUAUAUAGAGACGAGGGUCGAGGGCAGGUGGGGCGAUGGUGAGAGUGGAGAUGCUCAAGGGAGUAGUGAGAAGUUCAGGACGGAAUUGGGAGUGGAUGAGGAGGAGAUGGUGGAGCAGAUGGAGCAGGAUGUCAGUGUUUGA